CUUGAUAAGUUUGAAAGUUUUAGUUUGUGCUUGGUCGUUUGUUGCAUAGAAAAAUACAUAGCCUACUACUCGCCAUUAAAAAAAUUAUAGAAUUACUAUUGAUUGGUUUAUUUUUACCGAACAUGUAGAUGUUAAACGUAAUAACCAACUUGGUUUAUUUUUUACCGAACAUGUAGAUGUUAUACGUAAUAACCAACUGCAGACGAAACGUGGCUUCCGCAUCCGUUAAGUGAGACUUCGCGGGUCAAGAGUAUUUUAUAUAUCAAGAUAUCAACCUGCGGUUUUGAAUGCAUAUUAUGCUUUGUAGUUGUUGUACGUUCAUUUAUUUCCUGUCGUGAGAACCAGACGCUAAGCGGUAUAUUUAACUUUGUUACGAUAGAAGUUUAUCUCCGAGGAAACAUGUCGCUGCUUUCUGCGGUAGAGGAGGCUAUCAAGACCUAUAAGGCCGAACAAAUCAGGCUUAACCGCAGGAUUCAAUUUCACCGAGAAAUUUUACAUAGUCUGAUACCACAACCAGAAGCAGGCUCUGAAGAAACAGAAUUAGCAGACAAUGCUGCUGCAGAUGCAGAGUCCUCRCCAGGGGAGAAAGAAGAUAUAGAACUGCUUGAGCAAGCACUGGAAAAAGCUCUUCGGGUCCGCACUGGCACAGAGGUCUCUAAGCAAGACUCCAGCAAAAGAAAACUAUCCGCAACUAAAGAAACAGAACGCAUGCCAGCUCUAUCAGCAGUGACUAAACGUGAUCAACCAACCAUCAAGUCAAGUAAAAAAUCUGCCAGCCUUCACAGAAAAGGGCACAAAAAGCCAAGUGUUUCACAUAGCUCAAGGCCUUCAGCGGGCCACAAACCAGCACAGUCCAAAAACAGAACCCAACACCAUCCCUCCUCAGCUGCUCAGGCCGGGCAUCACCAGCAGACUGUCUUGGCAGGGUUUAACUCUCCUGAUCAAAUCACAGCCUCGCUCUCGACAAACAAGACGGUCAGAAGCAAUAUGCCCCGAGACCAUGGGCUGAGCAAAUCUGCAUCUGUCCCCAGGCCUUCUUCAGAUGACCUGUCCUUUUCAGGGACAGAUGGAUCUGGGGUCGGCAGUUUGAAUCAACACAACGGGGGGCUUUCUGAGCAAAUUGCAAAAUGGAAAUCUUUAAGGAGCAAACAAAACAGAUUGUGGGACAAAGUCAUUGCCUUACAGAGGAAUCCAGAGCCUGGGAGGAGUCGCUUCAUACAGAGAAUUAGGACGAAGUUUCCUAGUGACUGGCCAAGUGGAAGUCCAGAUGAGACCAGGCUCCAGCUCCACAGACUAACCGACCAGGCAUUCAACCUUGCACAUGUUUGCCAGACCGAGAAGAUUCUUGUCAAUGAGGUGCCAGAAAUGGACACUGAACUUCCGGGUGGUAAGCAGACCAAGUCCCAUUCCAGCCUGACACCUGAAGGGCUGCAGCUGGCAGCUGCAGAGCUCCAUGUUCUGGCAGAUAAAGUGAAGCGAGGUAAAACUUUUAUAUGACCAAAAAGCAAGAGUAAGUUGCAGUCUCGYUUAGAUAUUGUGGGCCAGUUUUAAUUUAAUUGUACAGCUAUCACCCUGUCAGUCCAGACUGCUAUGCAACUAUGUCACUUGACUUUCUCUGCAUUUUUUCACCCUGGAAACAGAAACAUCAUUGUUCAUAUUGAGACUUUAUGUGAUUGAUAAAGAAAUGAUGAGUAACACUAAGCUGUAGCUACAAACUGUAUGUACAGUUAAUACCAGAUAUUAAAAAAAA